AUGACUACUGCUACGACUACAACUACUAAUGCUAAUGCUAACACCAAUCAGCCACAACCAGCUGACAAAUCGUCUUCAACACCAAGUGCCACACCAAGUGCAACACCAAGUGCAACCGCAACAGCAACUCCAACUCCAACAGUAACUCCUAAACCUGCACCCACUCCAGUACAAUUAUCCCAAGAUCGUGCAUCCAAUAUUGGGUGGUUCUUUAUUAAAUCUUAUUACGAUUUCUUCAUUUCCAAAUUAGAUGAGAUCCACAAGAUCUAUCACCCACAGGCCUCGAUCAAUCACGAUGCUUUCCCUGGAAGCAACAUUGAUAAAUCCGAAAUUGAUGCAUCUAAUGAUAGUGCCAAAGAUGUUCCUAUUGCAUACAAGGCAAAAGGUACUGAUGCUAUCAAGGAAACUUUUUCCAAAUAUUUAUCAAUGAGGAAGAACAAUCGAAUUGUGAUUACUAGUGCAUGUUUUGAAGUUUCUUUAGAGAAAAACAUUAUUAUUGUUGUAUUUGGAGAAUGGAGUUCCAAUGAUGAACCAUAUAAACAAUUCACCCAAACAUUUGUUUUGGUGCCAGGUAAAACUGACAACACUUAUGAUGUUGCUAACGAUAUCUUGAAAUUUGUUAGUGUUAAUGGUUAUAAAGAAAAGCAUGAACAAAAAAAGGAGCAAGAAGUCAAGGCUUCUCCUCAAACUGCUGUUAAUGGUGGUAGUGGCAGUAGCAACAACAGUACCGCUACUACCAAAAAACCAGCUGUUCCAGCAACUGAAUCUCAACCUACCAACAAGGCUACAGUUGAAUCGACUCAACCAGCCAGUGGAUUGAAAGUAGAACCAUCAAAGAAAGAAGAUGUUAAAGUUGCUAAUGGUGUUAAAGAAGAAGGUAAAAGGGAAGAACCUGAAAGAACUCAACCAACUAAAUCAGAUGUUAAAGUUGAAAAAGGAGAAGAAAACCAAGAGCAAGAACCAAUCAUCAACAAAGAAUUGAAGAAAGAAGAUUCAACGAAAGAUCAACUGAAUGAAGCUGCAGUCAUUGCUACCCAAACUUCGAAACCAGCUACUACUAAGAAUGAAGAAUCCAAAGAAGAAAAAACAACAGCCACCAAAGAGGAAGCAAAGCAAUCUGUAGUUAAAAAGGCUCAAGAACCUACAAAGCCUGCUGCACCACCACAACAACCAUUGACUUGGGCAGCAUUAGCUCAACAAGCUGUUCCUAUCAAACAAACUACCAAAUCAACUGGAUCUUCAUCAACUGUUGCUAAACCAGUAUCUACUAGUAGUGCAACCACCAAAAAACUGGUUGCUGGUUCUGUUUCCACUGGUUCAGUCAACAAUUCUACUGCAUCAUCUGGUCAACAUGGAUCUAAUGGUGGAAAGUUUAGAAAAGAAGAUUGGUAUCCAAUAUAUAUUAGAGGUAUACGUCUGUUGGAUGAAAAAGAAUUAAAAGAUCAUUUGAGUAGAAAAUUUGGUGAAUUGAAAUUUUUCAAAGUUAAUCAAAAUAUUGCCUUAGUUGAUUUUGUACAUCAAGAAGCUCAACGUAAGGCAUUAGAUACAAAGGAAACAACUUUGGAUGGUGUUACUUUUGCAUUAGAACCAAGAGAAUCUAAAACUGGUAAUAAUUUUCAUAACAAUUCCAGUAGCAAUAAUAAUAACAAUGGUGCUGGUGGUAGUGGUAAUAGUGGUGGUUAUAGAAAGUUUGGUGGUAGUGGCGGCCAAUCUAAAGAAGGUGGCAGUGGUGGUGCCAAAAAUAAAGACAAAUUUGACAAUAAAAAGAUCAAUGGUAGUGGGAACAAGAAGAACCUCAAUAAAGCCCUUUCCAAAUAA